GCAGGCGCUAGCAGUCAGCCAGGCCCCGUGCGCAGGCGCAGGCUCCCCGGCGGGCUAUUCCCCUCCCCCCAGCCAUGGCGGCGCCGCGCGGCGUGAUCCGGGCCCUGCACCGCGGGACCCUCACCCAGAAUAGCAGCGUGGAUCGAAUUUUCUCAGGUAUUCAGCCAACUGGGAAGCUGCACCUUGGCAACUACUUCGGAGCCAUCCAGAACUGGGUGAGGCUUCAGGAAGAGUACAACUCUGUGUUAUACAGCAUUGUAGAUCUGCACGCUCUCACAGUACCACGGGAGCCAGCGGUCUUGCGUCAAAGCAUCCUGGAUACCACUGCCACUCUCCUCGCCUGUGGUAUCAAUCCAGAGAAGUGCCUCCUUUUUCAGCAGUCACAGGUGCCUGAACAUGCAGAACUCGGUUGGAUUCUUGGGUGCUUAACUAAUAUGCCACGUAUACAAAGCUUUCCGCAGUGGAAGGUAAAGAAUGCCAGCCAGAAUUAUGAAGGAACCGUUGGUCUGUUCACAUACCCUAUUCUUCAAGCUGCAGAUAUUCUGCUGUACAAGUCAACACAUGUUCCUGUUGGAGAAGAUCAAGUCCUGCACCUGGAACUGGCUCGAGAUAUAGCACAACACUUUAACAAGAAAUAUGGAAACUUCUUUCCUGUGCCCAAAGCCAUUUUAAGUACAACAAAGAAGGUGAAGUCUCUCAGGGAUCCAACAGCCAAGAUGUCCAAGUCAGACCCUCAGAAGUUGGGCACACUCAACAUCACAGACAGUCCAGAGGAGAUUGUUCUGAAAUUCCGCAAGGCUGUGACUGACUUCACCUCUGAGGUGACCUAUGACCCAGACUCUCGUCCUGGUGUCUCCAAUCUGGUGACCAUUCAUGCUGCAGUGACAGGACUCAGCAUAAAGGAAGUGGUGCACCAGUGUGUUGGUCUUGACACUGCUCACUACAAAGGGAUAGUGGCAGAGGCAGUUAUUCAGAAGUUUGCGCCAAUCGGGAACGAAAUUAAGAGGCUCCAGGAGGACAAAUCCCACUUGGAGAAGGUUUUACAGGCUGGAGCAGAGAAAGCCAAAGAACUAGCUUCCCCUGUGUAUCAAGAAAUAAGGAGAUUAGUCGGGUUUCAAUAGAACCUACUGAAUAAUUUAAAAUUUUCUUAUUUCCUGAGAUAGCUCUUGUUCAUCAUCUCCCAUCUCAGAGUCUGAGAGAGAGUUUUCUUUGUCCUGGAAAAUCAGACAAAAACAAUCAGAGAUGAUUUUUCCAAGUGAUUAUGACACCAUCCAAUUGGACCAGCGUCAAGCCAUUCUGGAUGCUCCAAAAGAAGGCCCAGACACUCAAUUUCCAAAGAAACUCACAGAACCAGAAAAGUGAAGCUGACCAAAUUAACUUUCUGUUUUCACAGAGCAACAUAAAAAGUUGAAAUAGAAGCCAUGGUCGUUGGGAUGUCAGAGCUGUUGCAUUCCUGAUUACUCCAGCAGGAGAGGAAGUCACAAGCUUCAUAAAAUCCUCCCCUAUUACACACACAACCCCACAGCGAAAGACAACUGUUUCAUAAACUCUGAUGACAGUUACACUGUGCUGAAUGUAAUGGCAGAAUGUGCUUCUGGAUAACCAGAAUAAAAAUACAUACUAGGGACCUGGAAUGCCCAGGACAUUGGUAAUGGGAAAGAGCCUUUCACCUCUAAAUCCCCAGUUCAGAUGCAGCCUAGUUUGGUAAUGACAGCUAGUCUGUAUGAAAUGAGUUGGGCUCUUAGUCCGUUUCCUGAUAUACAAAUGUCCAUAUUACAGAAACCACCAUGACCAUUGAAACUCUGCUUCUUUUUGGUAGUCUCUGUAAAGAAUUCAUGGAGUGAAUGGAACCUGUACCCUCUACCCUGAACUCCCCUCUCACUUCUAGGUCAUCUUAGUAGGUCAGGGUUAAGAUACAUUGGCAGGGGACUGCCUGUGUUGGGAAACUUGCUCAGCAGCUGUCCAUUUUGCAGCUAUUCUAUAGAGAAGUAAAGGUUCCAGCACUGUCAGUCCAGCACCAACUACAGGAUUCAUUUUCGAAUCUCUGUCCUGCAGGGAAAUGACUUUUGGCUGGGAAACCAGAGAACUGGCUGUAAAAUUAACAAAAACGGCUUGUGUAAGUGACUAGCUGACUACAAAGCCAUGGUUAUGAUCAAAGUAUUUUUCUUAAAAUGAAUAGGCCUAGUAAUGAGAGCUGCACUCAGCCUCCACAGAUCUUAUUCCUCCCAAGCCCCAGUGAGAGAUCCCGGAAUGAGUGAGCUGCUGCUGAGGAGCAGAAGGAAAGGGAGAAAUUGGCAAAAAGGAAUAAACUCUUCUAAAGGGAAUGGAAUGGCGAGGGUAGAGAAGUGCUUAAAGCAAUGCAAAAGUAAUUAUUGUACUGUUGUGGAGAAUUUUGCUGCGUCAGUGCAUUGAUGCCUCACAUUUGAAACCACUGUAUUAAAACUUAAACUAAGUUUAUAGUACCACAGUCAUGGCAGGUACUGCAAAGAGGAAAAUGCAAGUGUCUGAAAUGUGUCUUCACUGUUUCUUUCUCCUGAGUUGGGAAAGGUGGAAGUUAUAUCAAGAAACUAGGGCAACUUUAUACUCCUGAAUCAACAUGAACUGAUCUUUUUUUCUGUGUAAUACAGACCAAUAAAAAGCUGAUGAAUUUGUUUACUGGUUGGAGUGAAGUGCUGAGUGUUCACUGACUCAGAAUCCUUUAGCUCCUGUAUAUUGUAAAGCAAGAAAUUCACAAUUGGACGUCCCUACCAUCCAAUCUAAGACCUGGGUUUAUAUAUAAAGGAUCUGUAGAAAGAGAAGAAUGAGAUGAGAAUUUUCAGAAUGUAUGGCUAACCUGUGGAACUCAUUCACACAAGAUAUUAAAGUGCAAGUAUUUAGCAGGAUUCAGAAAAACUUGCACAUAAAUGAAUAAAGAAUAUAAACCUAUAUGCUUCAAAGCGUAAGACAUGGACUAUAAGAAACUGACUGAUUAGGCUAAAGAAGAAACUUCUACUGUGGACUGGUUAUUCCGAAACUGUUCAUUGUGAGGAUUUUUGUACCUUCAUCUUGAAGCAUUUGCUGCUGACUACUGCCAGAGACAGGAUACCUAACGUAGAUGGACGACUGGUCUCAUCCAGAAUGGCAAUUUCUGUAUUUCUGAGGGAAUUCUGUGCAACAAAAUUCUGGUUUGGGACGAUCUGAAGCAGUUAGCUCACAGUUUAAAUCUAUUUCUGUUUCUAUACAGAAGCAAUUCAGUUCAGAUCCACCCAAUUUUAUGAGGAAAAUAAUCAGGAAAACAAUGGGAGGGUCUUGGACCUGCCACUAAAUGAAGCAUCUUAGAUUAACUAAGCUGCCCAUCACUAAACACUGUGAUUAGGCUCAUUACAGUUCUUCAGUUAUCACAGAUAUAGCCAUGCAGUCACAUAUGGAGAUGUUUCUCAUUGGUACAAAAUAACUUAUGGGCUCUGAAUUGUUCAAAAUGAGCUGGCCAGUCUUAAAAAUGACCUAUAAAAAAACCCAAAAAUGUUGUAUCCUUUUUGUUACUUAAUGAUGUAUGCAGAAGGCCCACAGGUAUUUUUGUAAUGUUUUUCACUGCUUGUUUUUUACAUUAGAAAUUCAGCUGUCAUCUGCUGUAUUUUUCCUAGGGGACAAUAUGGAUGACUGGAGAACUCAUAUGGUUACAAAUGACGUCAGAGAUACCAGGAAGAUAAAACUGAUUAAUUGGCAGGGGAAGGGAUUUUUAUUCAGCCUGUUUAAAACACUCUCUUGAUUUCUGUUGACACCUGUUUAAUUCAAAUGCCUAACAAAUACUUUGGUCAAAUAUAUUGGUUAAAAAUUCCAUACUGUACCACAUCAAAUAAGAUUAGGGGCUCCCAAUCCAUUUCUUCCUCUUUCAAAGGGGGACCUCCAACAAAAUCAAGAAAGACUAGACAAAUCUUGAUAUUCCUAGGGUUUGGUUUUGUGUUUUAAUCUUUAGGCUAUUUGUUUUUUAAGAGAGAUUUCAGAGCUCUGAGAUACCAGAGCAUACACAUUCUGCACUAGUGUUGCAGUACUGCAUGUACAGACUGCAGCCACACUGCAUUGUGUUAUGAAUGUUCUUGAAUUAUUUUGCUUUAGCUCCGUAUGGGCUUGGGGUUCAACAUUCCACCCUUUCAAGCAAAGAAACAGGAGCAAGUAUGCUCUUAAAGUAGAAAUAUUUCAUACCAGUAAAAUAAGGAGGACGGGGACAAAAGAGAAAAACUCCUGGUAUGUUGGAAGAAUGGAUUGUGAACAGAAUGUUUCUAACAUUCUCCAAGAGGUGUCAUUGAGAUUUUUCUGAGAAGCCAAAAAAUGUGCUUGGGGCAGGGAGAGUGGUUCUUACGAAGAUCUCUCUCUAAUGUAAUUUAGCUUUAUUAAAUUUAAGGGUUUACCACUGUUUCCAGAAAA